AUGGCGGCGAGCAGACCGACGCCGAUGAUGCUGUACAGGCUCAGCCACACGCCGGGGCCUCAGCGCGGUCAUGGGUCAUUGCUCUCGAUUGUCAGGACGUUUGCGACUUCAAGGUCCCUCCGCCUGCGCACGACGGAGCUCGACGGACCCAAACUGAGCGGCUUGAAGGUCAACUCCGCCCGUCUCUGGGACACGAUCCACACCACGGCGCAGUGGACCUCCGCGACGAAACCGAAGACAGACGAUAUCAGGACCGCGGGCCUCUCGCGCUUGGCACUCGGCGACGAGGACAAAUGCGCCCGCGACUGGUUCAUAUCCACCACUCAGUCCCUCGGGUGCAAGACCCACGUGGACCAGAUGGGCAAUAUCUUCGCCAUCAGACCGGGCCUGUCGUCGUCUCGGUCUUUGGACGCCCCCACGACGUUCGCGGGCAGUCACUUGGACAGCCAACCGAGCGGUGGGCGCUUCGACGGCGUCUUGGGCGUCGCCGCCGGGAUCGAGAUGUUGAGGGUCCUGAAUGACAAUUGGAUCGAGACCGAGGGCGACGUGGGUGUGGUGAACUGGACCAACGAGGAAGGCGCCAGGUUUCCCGUGAGCAUGAUGGGGAGCUCGGUCUGGUCCGGUCGCAUCGGCCUGGAGAAGGCCUGGGGUGUGCACAGCGUCAGCAGUCCCGGACUGCCCCAGGCCACGGUCAGGGACGAGUUGGAAAGGAUUGGGUAUCUGGGAGAUGUGCCUUGUUACCACGAUGGGAAGCCCGGAACGCCCCUGGGUGCACACUUUGAACUGCACAUCGAACAAGGGCCGAAACUCGAGAGGGCGGGACAAAAGAUUGGGAUCGUCCAGGGCGUUCAGGCUUACAAGUGGUUCACCGUCACAAUAACUGGGAGGGAAUCGCACGCCGGAACCACGGACUUUGCGAAUCGCGCCGACGCUCUGUAUUUUGCAGCCACGUUUCUGCACAAGAUCCGCAAAAUCGCGGAAAGUUUGAGAGGGUUGGCAACCGUGGGAAUGAUGAAUGUCUCUCCCGGGAGCGUAAACACCGUUCCCGGACAGGUUGUGAUGAGUUUGGAUCUGAGAAAUCCUCUUGAUAGAGGUUUGGAGAGGAUGGUCAAAAAGGUCGAGGAAUUCAUUCAGCUGGUCAACGAGGGUGACCAUACUACAGACUCAGAUGACGCGAAGGGGCGCACCGGCAGAAACAACAAGAGACCUUCUACGGCAGCGCCCUCGGAAAGGGUUUCAAGGUUAAAGGACAAUCCGCUCACCAAGAUCCGCAUUGAGAUGAAGGAAGACUUUUCGAGCAGCGCCAUCACCUUCAAUCACGAGGCCAUCAAGUGUAUCGAGGAGAGCGCGCUGGCUGUCUUAGGAGGCGAUGCGAGCAAGCUCCAGACGAUGCUGAGCGGCGCAGGCCACGAUAGCGUCUGCACCAAUGUGCACUGUCCUACGGGAAUGAUCUUUGUCCCUUGUAAGGAUGGCGUUUCGCACAAUCCGAGCGAGUGGUGCGACGAGGAGGAUUGUGCUGUUGGGGCGAAUGUGCUCUUACAUUCAGUGUUGAGGAUGGAUCGUUUGAGGAAGGAGAGAGGGGACUUUGACUGA